GUUGUGUAACGAAACGUACUUUAACCUAAAAUUUUGUAAAUCAAUUCAGGGUCAAUUGUAAUUUCUAAUAUUUUGUUUAAAUAUUAGCAUACGAUUGUCUCGAGAGCGUUUACAUCCGGCGAGGGCGUUCUUACGCGUAGUGACUCAACAAUUUCGGUCGUGAACAAGCAUCAGAAUGUUUUACAGACAUAUUUUAAGAACUUUCACCAAUCCACGAAUACGGUGCCUAAAUAACGGUUUUAGGAACAAAUAUAGUAAUUUCGGCAGUCCUGCAUCGCUGUCCACAUCUAUAAAGGCGUUAAAGGAACAAAAGGUAAAAGUGACAUUCGUGUUACAUGACGGGAAGCGGCUGCAAGCGGAGGCGAACAUCGGAGACUCCUUACUAGACGUUAUCGUCAACAACGACCUUAACAUUGAAGGUUAUGGCGCGUGUGAAGGGACACUCACCUGCUCUACUUGCCACGUUAUACUCAAGCAGGAGGACUAUGACAGGUUACCAGAAGAAGCUUGCGACGAGGAGCGUGACAUGCUCGACUUGGCGUACGGCCUCACGGACACCUCGCGGCUCGGCUGCCAAAUCAUCAUGACUAAGGAACUCGACGGGCUGGAGGUGAAGGUUCCGGAAACCAUCAACGACGCGCGCAGCUGAUGCGGCAGGUUUACUUUUUUAAAGACCAGGAACGCAUUUUAUAAAACUACAGUUACAAUUGUAUGUCUAACUUCCUGACGACCGGCGUUUUACCCUUAGUACAGUCGCCAUCAGAUAUAUCGGAGCGGCCGAGGUGCUCAAAAAUAUCUGAACACGCACUUCACGCCUUGACAAUGAUGGCUAACGCGUAUGAAUUCGCCGCUAGGGGCGCUAGUGUAGAUGGUGGUCUUUUACAUAGUUCGAAAUGUCAAAUGUCACCUGUCACUUCAAUGACUGAGCCAAAUCUCUAUGUAUGAAAAGUGUCCAUCAAAAAACAGUAAUAAGGCGGCGCCACCAUACACCGAAAUACUACCAAAAACAACCUACGUAAUUUGGUCGGGUUAUUUGUUGGUUCAUGUUAUACUCGUGUCCCAGAGCCUAACUAGCGCCACCGGAGAGAUUAGGAACUAUUAUUUAAAGCUGAAAGCGGUCACUUUUGCAACAAUUCUGCCAUAAGAGAUUGGCAUCCUUUCUAUACCAUCCAUAGUCUUUUGGACCACCAUCAACUGAGGCGCCAACUGGUGAGCAAAAAAACGAUAGCCCUCAUAGAGACGUGUUCAGAUACUUGUGAGCACCUUGGCUGCUCCGAUAUAUCUGAUGACGACUGUACAUAAGACCCAAUGCAGUUUUGACUCUUUGUCAAUUUGACAGAGUUUUUAAGCUGGCUUUUGAACCCCAGCAGUGAGGAGGCUAAGGAAAGGGUGCACCAAGAACCCUGGGUGUAGAAACCAGAAGACGCAGCAGGAAAAUAUGUUUUUACGAUCUGGUUAGGAUCGCAGGGAGCUGAUGGAUAGUAGCGCUGUGGAGAUCCCUGGGGGCGGUCUUAUGUUGAUGAUAAUGAUGAUGAUGAUGAAGUCUAAAGCGGCAACAUUCGAACGUCCCUUUUGUUAAACGCGUGUUAACAGCUUCGCUGCAGAAAUUUGUGUAACUCGUAAUUAGCUAUACCAUUAUGAGUCUCCGGCAAGCUCGGCCUAAUUGCACCUUCCCAUACAAACGUAGUUCCGCUCUCAUUUUAACCCUUAAAUGCAUAUUGUUGCCAAAUGUAUACAAAGCAUUGGACAGCUCACAUAUUCAACAGAAAAAAGCUUAAGUUGUUCUUUUAAAACAUUUUUUCCAACCAAAAAUAAAAAAUCAUGCAUUUAAGGGUUAAAACUACGUGUUGGAUUGUAAUGAAUCUUUGCACAUACAUAGACCUGUACCGCUGGCUAUAUUUUGACCCCUAGGUUAUAAAAAUAUUAAAGUCAAUUCUGUUUUCGCUUAUGAAUACUUUGUUAAGAUGUAAAUCUUACAUUUUGUUUUGUGUCAUAUAUAUAUUUUGCUUUUCUAGUAAUUUGUUAUUUUGUGGUAAAUAUUUUUUAUUUUGAAUUAUUUUGGAGAAAAAAAUAUUCGAGAGAAAACAUGUAACUGUGUUGCAUUUAGGAUAGUGUUUUUAGUGUGAAAACAUAGUUUGUGUCAAUUACGUCCACUGCAAUCUGAUACUAAGUCAUAAUAUUCUAAAUGACACAAAAAAAAUUAGAGUUAAAAAAAAUUACUUAGGUCGAAUUUAAUCGUUUAAAUAGGUCCAUUAAAUGAUUUUGUGUCUUAUUAAGCCAUAGCUUCAUAAGAUAUUUGAUGAUUUUGUUGUAACAGGCUGUCACCGUUACAAAAGAAUAUUAAAGAUAUUAGAGUUUACAUCUUAUUAAUUUGAAAUGCGGGAUAAAUAAGAUGUAUGAAUUUGUGUCACUUGCAUCCACUGCAUAAACAAAUAUUACAAAAAUAUUAUUUGCGUUCAAACGAAGCUAGCGGGCGGUCUGAAUGGGCAACGGAGGCCGUGCAGGGUGGGGCCGCGGCGUGACCUUGCCGUACGCAACGCAUGUUUACUUCGCCUGUGCGCCAAAUUAACGCAAAUUAUUCAAAGAAGUUACGCAAACAACACAACAACAAGCAACAAGCAAGCAAAGAAUGCGUCGAAUUAUCUUUUACCUAUUUAAAACUCAUAGAUAUUGUACAAUGUCACCAUUAUGCAAAAGAACUGUAAGUACAUGUUUGAUUUGCGAGCGAGCUGGCAACAUUGCGCAGGGAAAUCUUAAAAAUAUCGCGUUUACGUGAACGCCACAUACAUUUGUGACAGUGAUAGGGAAAAGGUACCACUAAAGUAAAAUUUGGUUAUUAAUACCGUGACUUUCUUUCAUUCUUUGAUAAAAAAAAUUGCUAUUUAUGCAACAAGUGCGGAAAUCAUCUUUACGCACGUGUAUCAUACAAUGUUUUACUAUGCAUUGUGCGAGUAAAUAAAAAAACAUAUCAUGGCAAAUAAGUUUAAUUAUUAAAAGGAGUGUUUUAAAUCGACACGAGUUGCGAAUUACCUAUUCGCACGUGUAUCGUACGUUUUACAGUACAUAUGGCCCUUUAAACUUUCGACAUAUGCACGGUAAGUGCUCUUUUCCGCACUAGUGCGAGAAAGUAGCACCAUAUGUUCUGUAAAAAAAAAAUUGAAAACAAAAAGCACUAGUGCGGAAAAGCAGUACUUUCCGCACGAUAUGGCUCCGUAGGAAACGCACUUUUCGAGCACAUGCAUUGUAAAAAAAUAUAUAGGACUGUAUCUCCUAAACCAUGCGUCGUAGCUCAAAAAUAAUAAAAUUUUCGUUCCCCUUUAUGUAACCCAAAAGUAAUACAUGAAAAAUACAAUGAAAAAAAGAAACAUAAUCUUUAUAGGGCUGUAUUAGCUGUAUCUCCUAUAUCGUGCAUCGUAGCGCAAAAAUAAUCAAAUUUUCGCUCCCCUUUAAGAAGCCCCUAAUUAAGAUUUAAAAACGCAAAAAAGAAAAAAAAGAGGAAAAAAUCUUUAUAGGGCUGUAUCUCCUAAACCGUGCGUCGUAGCGCAAAAAUAAACGUUUCGGUCCCGUUUAUGUAACCAUUAAUUUAUAUUUAAAAAAAACAAAAAAAAAACUUUAUAGGGCUGUAUCUCCUAAACCGUCGUAGCGCAAAAAUAAUCAAAUUUUCGUUCCCCUUUAUGGAACCCCAAACUAAUAUACAAAAAACACAAUGAAAAAAAAAGAAAAAAAAAUCUUUAUAGGGCUGCAUCUCCUAAAUCGUGCAUCGUAGCGCAAAAAUAAUCAAUUUUUCGUUCCCCUUUAAGAAACCCUUAAUUAAUACUUAAAAAAAAAAACAAAAAAAAACAGGAAAAAAUCUUUAUAGAGCUAUAUCUCCUAAACCGUGCGUGGUAGCGCAAAAAUAACAAAAUUUUCGUUCCCCUAUACGGAACCCCAAAGUAAUAUACAAAAAACACAAUGAAAAAAAAAACAACAAAAAAAUCUUUAUAGGGCUGCAUCUCCUAAACCAUGCAUUGUAGCACAAAAAUAAUCAAAUUUUCGUUCCCCUUAAGAAACCCUUAAUUAAAACUUUAAAAAAAACCAGGAAAAAAACUUUAUAGAGCUAUUAUAGCUAUAUAUAUAUAGAUAUAAUAUCUCCUAAACCGUGCGUGGUGGCGCAAAAAUAAUAAAAGUUUCGUUCCCCUUUAUGCAACCCAUAAUUUAUAUUUAAAAAAAAACGCAAUUUUUUUUUUAAAUCAUUAUAGGGCCGUAUCUCUUAAACCAUGCGUCGUAGCGCAAAAAUAAUAAAAAUUUCGUUCCCCUUUAUGAAGCCCCAAAGUAAUAUACUAAAAACACAAUGAAAAAAAAGAAAAAAGUAACAAAAAAACUUUAUAGGGCUGUAUCUCCUACACCGUGCAUCGUAGCGCAAAAAUAAUCAAAUUUUCGUUCCCCUUUGUGGAACCCUUAAUUAAAACUUUAAAAAAAAACAGGAAAAAAACUUUAUAGAGCUAUUAUAGCUAUAUAUAUAUAGAUAUAAUAUCUCCUAAACCGUGCGUGGUGGUGCAAAAGUUUCGUUCCCCUUUAUGCAACCCAUAAUUUAUAUUUAAAAAAAACGCACUUUUUUUUUAAAAUUUAAAACCAUGCGUCGUAGCGCAAAAAUAAUAAAAAUUUCGUUCCCCUUUAUGAAGCCCCAAAGUAAUAUACUAAAAACACAAUGAAAAAAAAGAAAAAAAAAUAACAAAAAAACUUUAUAGGGCUGUAUCUCCUACACCGUGCAUCGUAGCGCAAAAAUAAUUAAAAAAAACCCCUUUAAUAAACCCCUAAUUAAGAUUGAAAAACGCAAAAACGAAAAAGAGGAAAAAAAAAUCAUUUUAGGGCUGUAUCUCCUAAACCGUGCGUCGUAGCGAAAAAAUAAUAAAAUUUUCGUUCCCCUUUACGGAACCCCACAGUAAUAUACAAAAAACACAAUGAAAAAAAAAACAAAAAAAACUUUAUAGGGCUGUAUCUCUUAAACCGUCGUAGCGCAAAAAUAAUCAAAUUUUUGUUCCCCUUUGUGGAACCCCAAACUAAUAUACAAAAACAACCCUGUGAAAAAAAAAAACAACAAAAAAAAUCUUUAUACGGCUGCAUCUCCUAAACCGUGCAUCGUAGCACAAAAAUAAUCAAAUUUUCGUUCCCCUUUAAGAAACCCUUAAUUAAAACUUAAAAAAAAACCAGGAAAAAAAACUUUAUAGAGCUAUUAUAGCUAUAUAUAUAUAUAUAUAUAUAUAGAUAUAAUAUCUCCUAAACCGUGCGUGGUGGCGCAAAAACAAUAAAAUUUUCGUUCCCCUUUAUGCAACCCAUAAUUUAUAUUUAAAAAAAACGCAAAAUUUUAAAAAAAAUCUAUAGGGCUGUAUCUCCUAAACCAUGCGUCGUAGCGCAAAAAUAACAAAAUUUUCGUUCCCCUUUAUGCAACCCAUAAUUUAUAUUUAAAAAAACGCAUAAUUUUAAAAAAAUAUCAUUAUAGGGCUGUAUCUCUUAAACCAUGCGUCGUAGCGCAAAAAUAAUUUAAAAAACCCCUUUAAGAAACCCGUAAUUAAUACUUAAAAAAAAAACAAAAAAAAACCAGGAAAAAAAACUUUAUAGAGCUGUAUCUCCUAAACCGUGCGUGGUACCGCAAAAACAAUAAAAUUUACGUUCCCCUUUAUGCAACCCAUAAUUUAUAUUAAAAAAAACGCAAAAUUUAAAAAAAAAAAUCUUUAUUGGGCUGUAUCUCCUAAACCAUGCGUCGUAGCGCAAAAAUAAUAAAAUUUUCGUUCCCCUUUAUGAAACCCCAAAGUAAUAUACAAAAAACACAAUGUAAAAAAGAAAAAAAAAAAAAAAACAAUAAAAAAAUCUUUAUAGGGCUGUAUCUCCUAAAUCAUGCGUCGUAGCGCAAAAAUAAUAAAAUUUUCGUUCCCUUAUAUGAAACCCCAAAGUGAUAUACAAAAAACACAAUGUAAAAAAGAAAAAAAGAAAAAAAAACAAUAAAAAAAUCUUUAUAGGGCUGUAUCUCCUAAACCAUGCGUUGUAGCGCAAAAAUAAUAAAAUUUUCGUUCCCCUUUAUGAAACCCUAAAGUAAUAUACAAAAAACACAAUGUAAAAAAGAAAAAGAAAGAAAAAAAUAAUAACAAAAAAUCUUUAUAGGGCUGUAUCUCCUAAACCGUGCAUCGUAGCGCAAAAAUAAUCAAUAUCCGUUCCCCUUUAAGAAGCCCCUAAUUAAGAUUUAAAAACGCAAAAAAGAUAGAGAAAAAAAUCAUUUUAGGGCUGUAUCUCCUAAACCGUGCGUCGUAGCGCAAAAAUAGUAAAAUUUUCGUUCCCGUUUAUGAAA